AGGCAACUAAAACGGAGCUACUGUUUUGAGUUCAUCUCAUCCCAUUGAAUGCAGCUCUCUUUGUUGCAAAAGAUACGUACUAUUUGGUCAGGAAUUGCACAAGCAAGUUUGAGACGCAGCAACACCAAACACCAACACCAAAUUUGAGCAGGAAACGCCGAGCCUACAACAGGAAAUAUUUGGUCCAUCAUGAGCGCCAAUAACAGCAGUGCGCCUGUACCCGUACAAGUUGGGUCCUCAGAGAAUAGCGUUUCUCACAAAGUCAUUUCUUCCAUAGCAAUUACAAUUCUCAUCAUUCUGACACUCUUUGGCAAUGGCCUCGUCAUUUCCGCUUUUUAUGUGUUCAAAAGGAUUCGCAAGAGUGUCACGAACUGGUUUAUACUCAGCCUGGCUAUAAGUGACAUGAUGGUAGCAUUUAUCACCGAGCCUAUUUGGUUGGCUGGCGAGAUCCUCUCUUGGCAAUAUCCACCAGAAAUCGAUGUACCGACCUUCAUCAUGCUUUGGACCAUGAUCGACAUAAUCUGUGCAAUUUCAUCAAUCUCUAAUUUGAUGUUCAUCUCCGUGGAUCGGUUCUUUGCUAUCAAACAUCCUCUGAUCCAUCACACGAAGAUGACUCCAGGCAAGUGCAAAUGGAUUAUCCUGCUUUCCUGGGUGCAUGCGGGAGGUACAUCGUGUCUCUAUCUAGUGGACCCUAUUUGGAAGUACGUGGUGAUCUUCCUAUUUGGAUUCAUUAUCCCUCUAAUUGUCAUACUGUUUUGUUACGGUGGGAUCCUUCACGUGGUAAUCUCGAGGUCUCGACUCACACAUCGUCAUGGGAAACGCCUUUCCACUGAAUACAAAACGGCCAAAAGUCUAGGCGUCGUGACUGGCGCCUUUGUUGCAUGCUGGCUUCCAUUUUUCAUCGCUUCUUUGGCGUUUUGGUAUUGUGAAUCUUGCAGAAGAGAUAUCGACACCAUUCCAGCAAUCACCUCCGCGGUGAAAUGGCUGCAUUACUUAAACAGCUGUUUAAAUCCCAUAAUUUACGCGUUUUUAAAUCCCACUUUCAAGAUUGCAUUCAGGAAUCUAAUUAGGAGGAUGUGUGGCAAAGAGACUUUAAACUCUUUAGAAACUGAAACUUCGUUUGCAUCAUUUCGUCGACGAGACACUUAUGCCUCCGUGAAGAGCAACGAGAAUGGAAAGGACAAAUCAGGCAAUGUUCCCAAUGGAAAUGCAUCUUUUUACAAGAGUCCCCUUUUGAAACAAGAGGGUACCAAGAUGAAUGGCGCAGUUAAGCAUAACUCUAUCAGCGAUGAUGGCAGUGUAGAGCGCGGUAUUGAAACACCCGAAGACAAAUACUUCGGAGGUGACCCAUUUUGUUCUACACCGCUUCCACCAUCUUAUGAGGAAUGGUAUCAGUUAAAGAACUGCGAAAGCAAUGAUGUAUCACAAACAAGUAGCAGCUAUGUCCCUGUUGCAAUAAAUAGCGAUUGGAAGGAAGCACCGAAGCAAACAUGUCCCAUACAGUGCGACAGAACUGUGUCCUUUUCGGAUGACGUUAAGAUAUGUGGCGAAAAGUCACCAGAGAAGACAGCAAGCGAUAUGUCUGCGUUGGAAGGUCACAUCUCUACCUACCAUGACGAGAAAAGCAAUCAGACUUUCUUACUCGUCGAUGGAGUACAGAUUCCAGACGGUGAAAUCCGAACAACCGAUGUUUAAAAAAAGAGACAUUAAAACUAGGACAUGGGCAAGUAUAUUAGGUUAUUUGAGAUACAGUGGAACGUUUCUGUACGACGAUCAGUUUAUAAUACAGAUCUCUUCAGUAUUACCUCAAAAAAGCUUGAUAGGCGGUCAGUCUUAAGCCCCGUUCAAACGGUCAUGAUAUUUGAUCAUAGUUUCAACUAUCAAGCGCGUUUGAACACGAACUAUCAUGCACUUCCAUCCUCUAUUAUCGACUGUACGUAGUUUGGACACGUUAAAAUUCGACGUGAUAGUUGACGAUAGUUUUUGCCGUUUGAACGAGCGGAUGAUAAUGAAUGAAAGUUUUUCGUUAAACAGUUUUUCCAAAAACGGACUCAAACCGAAAUGGCAAAGGGUGAAAUGAGUAAAGUAGCGGUCAAAACUUCGCAGAAUGUCUCGUAAUUCAUUCUCAUCAUCUCCAGGUAGGCUUCAGUAUCUUUAACUCGCAACUUUGUGACUAAAAUUUCAAAUGCCACCGAAAUUGCUUACAUCGGCGCGCCUCAUAUUUAUUUUCAAUUACACGAUCUCAUUGCGUUAAUUUUUCAAAGGUCAUCAACUAUCAUGAACCGUUCGAUCUAAAACAUGAAAAUCAAUGACGGUGAGUGAUAGUUGAAACUACCAUCGACUGUCAUCAACUAUCACGACAGUUUGAACGGGGCUUUAGUUCUUCCCACCUAUAGCUAUUUUCACGCCCAAAAGAUUCAUAGCUCGAAAGUGGUCGUAAGAACGGGGUUCCAUUGUUCUCCCAAAAAUUGUAAAGGCUAAACCAUUAUGGUCUGCCAUUCAAGGCAAACCAGCAAUUUCCUUUUUGCCAUAUUCCUUUGUUGAUAAAAACUUAGUUCUCUAUGUUUGAGCUGGACAAGGAAACGAUGCGAAAUUAUCUGGGAUACUAGUGGUCACACAUAGCCUGCCAUGCAUGUUCAAAAUUACCCGCUGUCAGAAAUUAACUAGUUUCCACAUAAUUAUCUGAUUCAUUAACACAGAGAAAUUUGAAAGGGCUGAAUAUCAAUUAAAUAAAGUGAACAUCUCCAUCUACGGGACACUAACGAUUAAUGGAAACAUUUUUCGGUUGUGUCGACAAAAGGGACAAACGCUCUUCAAGAGACGUUUGCCUCUUGGAUCAGGAAGGUCGUAAUGAAAAAAAUAAAAAGACAGGAAUAUCGAUUAUUUUGUAAAAUAACUUCUUGAGAGCCUCUCUCUCUAUGAGACGAUAGUCUAAGCUAAGAGCGCAAUUUAGAUUAAAGACAGAUUAAUGAAUUAGUCAAACAUCCCCUUCAUAUGAUAAAAAUAUAUACUUUAUAGACAUUCAUCUUCAAGCAUUGAGUCAUUUUUAAUAGAGUGUCGAAAAUAAUCCUAGAUUGAUUUAAUUUUACUUUUAUUCGCUCUAGGAUUGGUCUAGAAAACUCACUCCACUAUCUCAACCAAUAAACCAAUCCCAACUUGGUCACCCGCGUUUUCCCGCACUUCGACUAGGUCACUUGUUUUUACUUUGCGUUCUCAUUGGCUAAUGAUGAUGUAACCUUUGUUCUGAUUAGUAGUUGUAAUUACUCUGGUUUUGAUGUUCGACACUCAGUUGAAAACUGCUCUAAAGAAGCAAGAGAAGACCAUAAUCAAAGACUGCUGCCACUGUAUAGGUCUCAUAAAUAAGUCAAUUCAAUUUUGAGGUAUUAUAUUUUGAUUCACGCCGGGCCUAUCGUUCGGUUUGAGCAUGUCUUAUCUGUAGGUAACCCAGAAU